AGAGCUGGAGUGGAGGUUAUCAGAAGCCGGGGCGGUGAAGACUGACCUGGAAGAAAACCCUAAGAAGCAAAUUGAAGAUAAGCUAAUGUCGUCAAUCAGAAGCUCCCUUCCUACCCGACAGGACAGUGACUCUGAGGACGAUUAAACCAAAAUGAACAAAACACCCUUCACAGUCAGUGAGAGCACUUGGCUGCUACGUGGAAAUGUUCAGAAGACCUUAAAGCAGCUGAGCAGGGACAGAGGGAGGACGGCCUCUUGUUCAUCAUCCCAUAUGUUUCAUACUUUAAACAUAUGUGCAGAGCUCUGUCCUGCUCAAAGGCACGUAGGCAGGCUGCUGGAGUAGAGAGAAUCAAACCGUAUGAAGCGUUGAACUCCUCAGCCUUCAACUCCAAAGGCACUCUUAUAAUUUGAAAUAAACAUUAUUUGACCUUAUAAUAAACCAAUUAAAGAUGCAUUUUGACUUUUUAUUAAAGGAUAAUUAAAUCACAGAAAUGUACAUUUAAUUCAGUCUUAAUUAAAUGUGAGUUCAUCUCUUUGCCA